CCGAGUAGGCGACCUGGUAGAGGAAUGUGUGCUUGUUUGUGCUCACCCGCGGGAUGAGUGACUCGUGUAUGAAGUAGCCUCCGCUUUCAUCACCACAUCAUGAUGAGCAUCGCCUCCUCCAUCACCACGACCGUAUCUGAGUCGCGGCGGGAACUUCCGGGAGCUCUCGGAUGUCCGUUGGGUCUGUCGGCGCGCACUCACACCCCGAGCGCAUCUGGCUAGGCAAGUGCGUCCCUGAGUCCUGCACGCUGAGCCGCGGACACUACGCCUGGAGGAGCCCCAACGUCCCAGUCACCUGGAGUGGUCCCAGAGCCCCCGAGUCACUCUAUCCCAGCAGUAACUUGUAUCACAUAAGCAGGACAGAGGCCACAUUUAUGCACAAAACGUAAGCACAAAAGGGCAGUUUUGUUUCACUGAGAAUGUCAGGGGUAGGUCUUCAGAUAUGGAUGUAUCCAGAUGUUCAAGGACUGUGGUCAAGGACUGUUUGUCUCCGUCUCUCAGCUUUGCUUACCUGUGUGCUGGCUUCCCUCCGGGAGGCAAGAUGACCACCAAGAACUCGAGAGGCUUACAACCUCAACCGAAAAGUAGAUUCUCUUUAACUUACAAUUUAAGCACAAAGCCUCAAAAUGAGUUUCAUUGGACUGACUUGUUUAUGACACCAUUUUGAGCCAGUCUCUGAGACGAGCUGGGCCUCACUUUAUGCCCGGGAGUGGGGGGUGGGGGGUUCCAGCCACUUGAACUACAUAGACUGGGAUGGGUAUGCGCCCCCACCCCAAGGAAACAACAAUGCUGUCAUUGCCUGCAGGAGGUUUGGGGGCUUGGAUGCUGUGCAGGCAACAUCCCCCAUCCCCUGUGUUUUCAAGUAUCUUCUGGAUGUGUCCGGCCCCCAGUGCUAUUCAUGGAGAGCCCAUGUGCUGUGAGUGCCAGGCCAAAUUCAGGGGCCACCUGCCGGUGCCCAGGACUCAGGCGGCACUGCCUUACUGGGUCCCUCAAACCCUGAGACCCCAAAAGCAGAUCCAAAAGACGAUUCGGGUUUGCAUCCCCAAAGUCAUCAAGACGUGCCUGUGCCGAUGCCACUGCUUUGAGGGCCGCCUCCCAAUGCCUAAGGAUCAGGCCACGAUGCCCUACUGGGUGCCUCAGGUCCUGAGAUCUCACAAGAAGGUGGUGGAAAGGCAGCAGAGCUCUACAGGCACGCAAGAAACCUCCCGGGACUCACGCCCCUGGUACAACUGCUGGCGGAUCUGCAGUAAUGGAAACCUUGUCCUCAAGUGGCAGCGGCUCCAGGCCCUUCAUCAUCAUCGGAAUGGGCCACUGGCCCCCGGGAGGGGACAGAGCCCCCAGGCCCUCCUCCUGCCCCUCAGUCUCCUGCCCCUCCUCCAGGCUAUCCUGAAGGUCAUCACGGUCAUUCGCCAGUAUUUUUUGGUUUGAAGUUGGAACCUUUAGCUACUGUCAGGAACAUCAACAAAAAUGCCAGUUACAAUCAAGGUCUCCAACGAAAGUCAUCAAGUCCGGAGGAGUCUG